GUAAACCCUUAUUUUUUUUCCCGAGUCUCUCUCCUCUCACCCCAUCCUUUCCGGACUCUGCCUCCUCUCAUCCAAAUUUUUUUUUUUUGAUUCAUCUUAUCUUUAUCUCUUUGCAUCUUAAUCUUGCAACUGGAACUCCACUAACCAGAUACGAUCUUUGCUGGUUCUGUUCCUCAUCUUAUAAAGCUUCGGCUGGACGAAGCAUCGAAGGGAUCGAGAAGACAGACAGCAGCGGCGGAGGAGGAGGAGGAAGACAGUUCGCUGCUCCUGUUACUACACUACCGUUGAUUUCUCGGUAUGGGACAAUUUUUUUUAAAAGCGUGUGUCUUUGUGAUGGGAUUCGAUGAUGUGAUGAUAUAUAUAUAAAAGGGGUGGGAGAUCUCAAGACCUACCGACGGUGACGCUGGAGAGGCUGAGCCUCCACCCAGAUCUGAAUCGAAGAAGAGGGUACGAGCAAGGAGAGAGCGCGUGACAGUAGUUGCUGCUCAAAGGCUUUUCCGACGAGUCGUUGUUGAUACGCGUUCUCUUCAUGCUUUGAAGCUGAGUAGAUGGCAAAGAGGCUGGGGAUCCCAACUUCUGCCACAUGGUUAGGCUGUCUGACCGUGGGAGUGGAUGGAACAUCGACAAUGGUUGAGAGAUGGUGUAGACGCGCUGUGUGAGCCUGAGAAAAGGAAAGAUACUGAGAGAUUGGUUUAGAGAUUAAGAAACAUACAGAGAAAAGAUUCAUAGGUGCUGCUUCAUUGGGCACGCCAACGCUGAGGACUGCAUCGGCGUUCUUAAUGGAGUAUGCAGUUUAAUUGCAGUUGUUUAAACACUUGAAUAACAUAAUGAACUCUUCUCUCCAAAACUCUUAUUUGUCGUUCAAAACCAAAGGUAUCGACUUUAAUAAACGGAGGCUAUGAUGCCAUUGCAGAAGCUCCGCCUUGGAAUCAUUGACGUCAACAGGUGUAGUAACAAGGAGGUGGUGAUGAAGUUUCGCAGAAACUGAAUUCUAUGUUUCUUUGUUGAGGAAAGAAGUCGAAGAAGCUUUCACAGCCUUUGUUGGGAAAAAAACUCAUCGAAGAGACCAAGAACUGUUCAGAAGCAAGUGUAUGUAAUGUUUCCUUCUCUCUUUCCCUCUGUAACACAAUGAAUGUUAUAGCUUGCUUUGUUUCUUAACAUUAUCGCUCCUGGUUGCUGACUCUUUUUCGCGGAUUGUGGCUAACAGAGAAAUUAACACAGACCCUUAUGAGGAAACAUUAUCAAAGGGAUCCUGAUGGUGAUAUCGCUCAAGGCUGGUUCCUAGAUUACUUUUACGGUUUUACGAAUGCGUGCCACUUGCGUAUGAAACAGGAGGAAUGCAACUUGGGAUCUUUCUCCCGUUUGAUUUUUCAACAAAGAAAUCUCAACGUUUACUAUGAAGAGAAGCUUUUCGAUCUGACACUGGGGCAAUGUCUUAGGCUCUUAGCAUUGGAACUGAGCUACAAUCUUCAAAUUUCGCAUAUUCCUGGAGACGGAGAGAGGUACUUAGGAAAAAUAGAGUUUCGACGAAUCUAUUGGAGAGUCAGAGAUAUUCGUCUAUAUUGUAUGUGCGUAUGUAGAAGUAUAAAAAUAUUUAGAACUCAAAUACUUAGCAAAACUAAUUGAAAAUCAAGUUGAACUAACUAAUUGAAAACCAAGUUGCACUGAGUUAAGGAAACAAUCGGAGGAUGAGAAAUAGAGAGAUACUAUUUUCUGGAUUUUGCGUUCUGUUUGUAUACUUAUUUUAAACGGUGGAAAAAAGAGUUUCCAAAUUGAAAGGAAGAUAACUGAUAAGUUUUUGGUUCUUACCGAUAUAUUAUUUGUUUCAAUGGGGUAGAUUGAAGAAGUCCAUUUUUUU